AUGACAUCUCCAGACAGACCUUUGGUCUUUGUUGUCGGUGCUACCGGUGCCCAGGGCAUUCCUGUUGUCCGCGGGCUUGUCAAAGACGGCGCCUAUGCAGUCCGCUUCUUAACCCGCGAUGCUACAUCUGCCCGCUCCAAGCAGCUGCUGGACCUCCCAAACGUCGAGGCUCGCGAGGGCAGCUUUGCCAACGAAGAUACACUUCGACAGGGUCUCCGUGGCACCCAGUAUGCCUUUAUCAACAUUGACGGCUUCAACGCCGGCGAAAAGACGGAAAUGUUCUGGGCCAUACGAGCAUAUGAAUUGGCUCUGGAAGAGGGUAUCCGCUUUUUUGUCUAUGGAAAUCUCGAUUACGGCUACAAGUUGAGCGGGUACGAAGCCAAGUUCCGAUGUGGACACUAUGACGGCAAGGGCAGAAUAGGUGACUGGGUGCUACAGCAGAACAAAGAUGCGGCCGCGAGCAAACGAAUGGGUGCUGCGCUUUUUACGACUGGACCAUACAUUGCGAUGGCUGUUGGUGGCCGCACGCCAAUGGCGCCGACGGUGGAGGAUGGCGUGGUUACUUGGAGAGUCCCGCUCGGUGAGGGUGCUGUUCCGCAUGUAAGUCUGGAGGACUGCGAAUAUUAUGUGCGGUGGCUAUUUGAUCACCAAGAGCGCGCUAAUGGACUGAAUCUCGCCGUCGCCAUUGAGCAUGUGCACUACAGAGACCUUGCUGCUGCCUUUGAAAAAGUCACCGGCCACCCGGCGAGAUAUAUUGACACACCCCUCGAAGAGUACUGGACAUCUGGACCUCUGGGCACUGGUCAAGGGCCGGCAGGAUACAAUGCCAACACCGACGAUGCAGCUACCAUGAACAUUCGGGACAACUUCACCGGCUUCUGGAACCUAUGGAAGCACUCGGGCAGCAACACCGGCAUCGUGCAGCGAGAUUACGCGCUGCUGGACGAGAUAUUCACCGGAAGGGCAAAGACUGCAGAAGAGUGGUUCCAGCGGGAAGAAGAAGCCAGUAAGGCGCAGGGAUUGCCUGGUCUGUGGGAGCGUGUCAACAAUCUCAAGCCCGUGCUCAAGGUAGCGGAAGACGGCAGAAAGGGGAGGAUUUAA